AUGGACGAACCACCAGAGUACAUCCCAGACGCUGAAUUCGAUCACGGCGCCGAGCGCGCCUCUCUCGAAGGCAGAGACUACAACCGCCCUCUCCCCUCCUCCCUCGUCCUCGCGCGCACCACCGAAACGCAGGCUACAAUCCGCGCCCACAAGAUCGUCUCCGCGUACAUCGCCGCCUGCCCUCCCUUCGCAGACAUGGCCCUCAUCAACGAAUGGCGUAUUGUCUGCCGCAUCAAUCACACAGACACCUACGAGAUCUCGCUCARGGGUCUGCCCUGCCGUACCGAUGGAGCCUGCGAUGUCAAUGAGACGUACAUCCAGCUUGCGCCAGGCCCAGCUGUUAUGACGAACGGGAGACUCGAAGGAAUGGCCAAGACGCUCAAGAUUAGUGUCAAGAGUGGCUCGACGAUUGGAGAUUUGCUGGAUGAGAUUUUUGAGAAGAAUUUGAAUCAAUUCCAGUUGUUGCAUGGACGAGGCAACCGCUACUGGCUCUGGGGUAUCCUCCAAGUAGCAACCAGAACCUUCCACGCGCUGGACGAAAAUGUCGUGGGCAUGACAUAUCUCAGUCAAGGCUGGGACCAGGAAUUUCCAAUCCGUCCAGGUGAUUUUCGAGCUCCGGCGAAGGGUUUGUGGCUCGAUAGCAGUUAUUGGCGUGAAUGA